ACGGGCGGCGGGGGAGUGUCUGGCUGCCCCCGCCCCUCGAGUGAGCGCCUGGGCGCGGAGGUCCCCUCCCUCCUCGCUCGGAGUCUGCCAGCUCCCGCUCGCUCCCUGCCCACUCCCGGGGGGCCGUUCCGUGGCGCGGCCGCCGCGGCCACCGCUUCUUUCACACUUUAGUUGCGAGCCGCGCGCCGCGCUUAGUGACUGGAGAGCUGGCCGCGCGCCGCCUUCCCGCACGCACGCACGCGGGCCCAGCUCCGGGGUUUUCUGCUUUUACUCCAGGCGGCGGGGAGGAGGGGGAGCCCCGGCCACACUGUAGGGAGGAGGAGGAGGAGGACGUGGAGGAGGGAGGAAGAGAAGAGGCGAGGAGGCCAGGGGCGGGGGGCGGGGGGCUUGCCACCUUCAGCCCCCCCCGCGAGCGCCCAAGGUGCACACCCUGUUGCCAGCACCACCACAAGGUGGAUUUCCUCUGUGCUUGAAGAGAGAGAAAACAAUGUCCCCGCGCCUGUAGAGAUGAUUUGCAGUUCAGCCCAGCUGAAGCUGACUGAAUGAGCUAUGGGCUGUGCCUCUGCCAAGCAUGUUGCUACUGUUCAAAACGAGGAGGAAGCACAGAAAGGGAAGAGCUACCAGAACGGGGAUGUGUUUGGCGAUGAGUAUAGGAUCAAACCCGUGGAAGAGGUCAAAUACAUGAAAAACGGGGCAGAAGAGGAGCAGAAAAUAGCAGCCAGGAACCAAGAAAACCUGGAAAAAAGUGCCAGCUCGAACACAAGGCUUAAAACUAAUAAAGAAAUCCCUGGAUUCGUCCAUCAACCCAGAGCAAACAUGCACAUCUCUGAAAGCCAACAAGAAUUCUUCAGAAUGCUGGAUGAAAAAAUUGAAAAGGGUCGGGAUUACUGUUCUGAAGAAGAGGACAUCACAUAGCAUCAAUUCUCCCAGUCAGACCAGGAACUACUACUGUGUAAAUAGGUUACACCCCAGUUGAAACCUUUGCAAAGGUCGGUUCUCUUCACUGAACAGCACUAUAGCAAACGAAGACUGUUCCAUACCCUAUGCCCCAUUAAAUUACAGUGUUUCUUAAUGAACCUGCAAAGGAAUAUUGCUAAACACAAACACACACACACACACACACACACACACACACACACACACACACACACACACAGAGAGAAAAAGAAAAAAACAAAAAACAAAACUGUUCUGGAACUUUCUUUGUUGCUGCUAGUUAAAACUUGUUACAACUUUUCACUUCUCUCGUGUCCAAGUAUGCAGCAAAAUUCUGCAGUUCACCUUAAAGAUCCUGUUGGUUUCACGAUGCUCUCUAGCCUGAUUUCUCUACGGUGGGGUAGAGGUGAACUCUGAUACAGACGUCAGUUCUAGCCUGGUUCUGCUUUGAUGUCAAGCAUCCCUCCCCUCUUUUCUCCUUCUCCGUCUCUUUCGAGUGGUCUAGAGAUGGCCUGAGCCUUGCUUCUCACUGGUAAUGUGGGGCUAUGGACACUGGAUGGUGACCAUGGUGAGCCUAGUUUCUCUGCUCAAAAGCAGAAGAGCCACAAUUGUUGUGACCUGACUCCCGGAAGUGACAAAGGAACGUGCGAGCGAGGGAGCAGUAGGUCGUUCCACUGACUAGGACUCUUAGUGCAGGACUAAGCGUGUAGCUUUGGCUUUUGCUCAGACGCAAGUGGAGGUGUGAGCACGUGACCACAAUCAUUUUCAACCCCUCCUUCCUCGCCUUUUUUUUUUCUAAGAAAAUAAACAUUUUGCUGUUUUUAUGUA